AUGCUCGAUUUUACUGUGGUGACUGCAAAUUUAGGUCAUCGGAUUCAGCAGCAAGUGGUACUGCUCUUCUUUCGCAAUCAAAACUUGGAUUCCUCCAUUGCUAUUCAUCAAGAUGCACAGAAGGGAGAGCACGCGACGUCUGAUCGAAAUAAUGAAGAACAAAAUACGUCUACGUUAAUGUUUGACACUCACGAGCAUCUCACCGACGGAAAUACCAGUAAAGAAGAGGAUCCCUUGCCUGAAGAUGAGCACUCUACAGUGGAUGAGACACCAGAUCAUCUAGGGAGAUCGGAAGCUGACGCCCCUCCUGAGUCACUUUCGGAGGCGGCCCAUGUGACUGAGUCGAAAGACGAGAAGUCUCAUACUCCAGCCCAUAAGGAAGACGAAAGUAAGUGUGAUAGGGAACAAGAAGAAAAGGAAGGAAGUGAUAGGGCUAACGAAGAAAACUCUGAUGGUGACCCUAAUGCUAGCAAAGACAACGAUAGCGAAGAAGGAGCCAACGAAGAAAUCUCCGAUGAUGACCGAAAUCCUGACAAGGACAACUUUGAUGAACAAGAAGCUAAUGAAGAAAGCUCCAGUGGAGAUCACAAUCAAAGCAAUGAUGAAAAAGAAGGGAUUGCGGAAGAAAGUCCUCCAACCCCAGAGUCACAUCAUGAGGAGGUGGACGAGCGCGUUGGUACAACGAGAGGUAUGGUAUCAAAAGAUCAUUCCAGUGACACAGGAUGCCUGUUGAGGUGUGUUUUUUGUUUGGAUCAGGAUAAGAAUGUCGUAGCCACUGAAGCUGAUGAAGACGGAAGGAUUACUGACGACGUAAUGGAAGUUGUCGAGGAACCAUCGAGUGAGGCAGCUGUGGAAAAUGCUGCACAAGAGGAAGAUUCGACUGUUGAAAAUCCCGAUGUUGAAAUGAGCGAGCAGUUAGAGGACAAUGUUAAUGAAAGCGUCCAACCGGCUUCCGAAAGCGAAGGAGCGAUAAUCGAAGAAAGGAGAGAGAGCGAGAAAAUUAAUGAUGAAUCAUCCUCCGAGAAGGCUACUCCCAACGAAGAUACUUCUAAAGAGGCUUCGAAGCAAGCAGAAGAAGAUGAGGAAAAGGAGACCGCAACACCCAAGCGGCGAAGCAGCUCACGGCGAAGUGCUGCUGUUGUUGCAACAGAACCAAGGGUAUCAACCAGGGCUAAGGCUACUCCUGCAACCGUGCGAUACCAAGAACGUCGUCAAGAAAGCGUCAUGAGGAAGAGGAAAAAGCGGACGACGAAGAGAAGCCUGUUUCCUCCUCCAAAAUCAAAAAAGUCCAAUGUGGAUGCCAAGAAAAAAGUGGAAAACGUAGAGGAGUCGAAAACUCCUCGGCAACGAGGCCGUCGUGUAAAUUUAGACGAAUCAAAGGGAACUCCUGCUGCAACUCCAUCCAAAGGAAGGCGUAGUGCGAGGAAGGACGCCGCUGAAGCUGAGGAUGAAAAUGUUGAUGAAAAGGAGCACAAAGAAUCAAAGCAAGACGAUGGUGAUGACUCGAGCCCAAAGAGGAGUUCACCUCGUAGAAGGUCAUCGACGGCGCAAGUAAAAGUGGAAGUAACUCCGAAAGCCAGUGCAACACGUCGAGGUCGAUCGAAGAAUGAAAGUACUAGUUCAGCUACCGAUAAAGAGGGGAAGAAAGAAAGCAACGCGGAUGUAGAAACACCUCGAAAACUUCGAAAAUCAGCUACUACUGCUACUCCUCAGACUCCCAAAAAAUCUGCUAAAACUCCAAAAUCAGCAAAAAAAGAGGACAGCGAAAGUCAUGAUCCAUACGACAUUGACACUGAAAUGGAAAAGCAUCCUGAGCCCUUGAAGAAUAUUCAGAUGGAAGUUCAGUCGUUUGGUGAGGUGAAGUAUGCGAAGGUUGGUUCUGGAAAGUAUGAGCGUACAGAAAAAACUGCCGAGUUGCGAGUUGGCAAUCUUGCUGAACUGACACCACGCACGAAACAAAGGAGGUCCCUUGCUGAUCUCACUCCUGGACGAAAGAAGGCCGCCUCAGCAGCUGGAAGUAGUACUGCGCCGCAACCCUCACGAGGUUCUCGAAAAUCGGCUAAAAAGGAUGCUGAAGUUGACGACGAGGAUAAUCAAGAUGAGCAAAUGGAGGUGGAUGAUAGUGCAAAUGAGAAGAGCACACCGAAACGAAAGGCGAACACCACAACCCCAAAACCUGCCAGUUCAUCUCGCAAAAGGCGAGCGCCGUCCGAGACACCCGUAGUACCAUCGAAACGCCAACAAAUAGAAGUCCCACAUCUUGAGCCAGCGGAAUUAUUGGCGGUGGACUAUCCUCAAGAUGAACACGCUCAAUACGAAGCAGGCGCUCGUGUAUAUGCUAUGUUUGACGGCUUGUUUUAUCCUGCGAUUGUUGUCAGGUAUUCUUCAUCAUGUUAUACGUUGAAACGGUUCUAUAUCACUGUUUUCUGUCUAUCACAGUGUUUUAGCCGUGACGGUUUGGGAAGAUACAAGGUGCAUUUCAUUGAAGACGACCUCGUUAAAGACGUACCACCUGCUGGUGUUAUUCCGCUGCGAGCCCUUGAUCGGGAUAAAGAGUGUUUUUACUCGGAAUCGGUCGAAAAAGACCGUUUAGCAGUGAAGGUUGUGAAGAGUCCGGAUCAUACGUCGGCAUCUGCUUGGUUUGAAGCAGAAUUCGUGCUGGAACAGCUUGACGAUGAUGGAGAACCGACUGGAAAAAAGCUAAAGGGGACCUGGACAAAACUUGCGUUAUCGAAGGAUGAUUGGAGGGAAUACAUCAACAGGAAAUCCCGCGAAGCAACAGAUGUGAUUGCUGAUAACAUCGAAAGUACCGAGGACAGGCAACUGCGAAGGUCCAAGGCAGCCACGCCUCACCAAAAGGCUACUCCACGGCCUCCUCCAAAAUCAUCGGCCAAGAAGUCUGACUCUCCUUCAUCACAACCGAAGACUCCUGCGAGAGGAGGACGACAAAAGAAGGCAAGUGCCGCAAAACCCGCUAAGGCAGAAGCGGAAGAGGAAGAACCUGAAGACGUUGCAGAAACUCAUACUGAGCAGAUAUUUGCUGGGAUGUUGUUCAUUUUAACGUCAGCCAAUCGACCAAACAAUGACACAGGGUUUAAGAAGAAGUUCAUGACUGAUUUUAUCUCUUCUCAUGGUGGCCUAGUGGUAGAUGAUAUGAAGGCGAGUUUCGACUUCAGCACAUUCCGGCGUGAAGUUGACGAACAUCCAGAGAUGGAAAGAUUCCUAAUUUCGGAUACUCAUUAUCGCACCCAUAAGUACUUGGCUGCUCUGGUUCGAGCUAUGCCAUGUGUGUCUCAUGAAUGGAUUUCUAAAUGUCUGGAUGAGAAGAAACUCGUGGAUUAUAAACCGUUUUUAUUGCCUUCUGGCGUUUCGAUCCUCGACGAGCAAGAAUAUCCUUUACCUACAAAACGUGGGCUGCUGCUUCGCAAUAAGCGAGUAAUGGUCCAUUCAAACGUUACGCCACCAAGUAAGAAGUCGAUGUCCUUCGAGCAGAUUUGGGUCCCAAUGGUGCCACAACUUGGUGGAGAAAUCGUUACUGACAUGCCUAACGAAGAAGGAAAACUCGACAUUCUCCUCACCGAUCACUCAGCUACGCCUAGCCUCGUUGAAAAAGCACGAAAAAUUGGAUGUCUUGUUGUUUCAUCGGAAUGGUUGAUACAGGUAUGGUAA